AUGCUCACCAAGCGUGCCCGUGGUCUACGUGCCAUGGGCCGACGCAACUGGAAAGACCGCCUCUUUAUCCUUUCCACGGAAAAGCUUUGCUACUACGAAUCGUGCGUUGAUGAGAGCCGUCUCAAGGGGUCGCUCAAGGUCUCGGAUAUUGUUGCCGUGGAGGAUCUGGGCAACGACGUCUUUGGCCGUCCCUACAUGAUGGUCGUUCAGUCGCAAGACAACAACUUUCUUUAUUGUCAGGCCCACGGCCUCAAUGAGCGCAAUCUCUGGUUGGAAAAGCUGCGCCACACGGUCAAAAACAACAGCAACCUCCUUGGUGCCGUGCACAAGGGGCGUUAUGAUGGUCGUUGGCUCUGCUGCGGUAACGCCAGCGUCACUUGCAAGGGCUGCCAACCCGCUUUCGAUUACAGGUCAGCCGCCGCUCCACUCUCAACGCUUAAUCUGCCCGAUAUUGCCAAGAGUCCACUGCCCCCCGUCCCUGGCCAAGCUGGGGGCAGCACCAGCGCUCCCGCGGUCGCAGCAACGACCCCAGCACCAGCUUCCGUGACAUCCCCGUCACCUGUAGCUGCUCCUGCAGCCACGCCCACACCAGCCGCCGCAACAACUCCGGACGCCCCUUCCCCUGCUUCUCUACCACCCGGGGCCGCGCCUGCGUUGUUCGAAGUCCAGUCGUUGUACGACUACGAUGCUCUCGAACCCACGGAUCUCUCGCUCAGCAAGGGCGAACGUCUUGUCAUUGUGGAUCAGAUGGAGGAACAUUGGUGGAAAGCGAGAAAUAAUGCCGGCCAGGAAGGCUACAUCCCAGCCAACUAUGUUCGCAAGCUGGGUUUGGAAUCUGAGCCAUGGUUCAUGGCCGACACAAGCAAAGCCAUGGCCUCGGCCCUUCUCAAUAUGUGUGGCCAAGACGGUGCCUUUCUUGUGCGCGAAAGCGAGAGCACACCAGGCUCUUACUCCCUCUCCGUAUUCUAUCAAGGCAAGCUGAAACACUACAAGAUCAAGCACGAUCAGGACAUGUACCGUGUGUCGGAGCGCCACACAUUUGCCUCAAUCAGCGAGCUGAUUGAGUACCACAAACACAACGGCGGUGGCUUGGUAACUCGCCUCCGCAAGCCCGUGCAGGAUGCCAACACGCCAAUUACGGCUGGGUUGGGCCACGAUCGUUGGGAGCUGGAUGCUCGCGAAAUCGAGCUCGGACGUGAACUUGGCUCGGGCAACUUUGGUGUCGUCCGCGCUGGCGUCUACAAGUCCAACCGGCCCGUCGCCAUUAAAAUGAUGAAGGAAGGCUCCAUGUCUGAGGAUGACUUUAUUGCCGAAGCUCAAGUCAUGAUGAAAUUCCGGCACAAAAACCUGGUCGAGCUUUUGGGUGUUGUCACAUCAGUCAAGCCCAUUUACAUUGUCACUGAGCUGAUGUCCAACGGCAAUUUGCUUGAUUACCUCAAGAAGAACCAAUCCAUGCUGCAAGGCAAACCACAGAUUUUGCAUUACAUGAGCGUGCAGGUCGCCUCCGGCAUGGCGUUUCUCGAGGAUCAUGGAUUCAUCCACCGUGACCUUGCCGCUCGCAACUGCCUCGUCGGCGAUAACAACGUUGUCAAAGUGGCUGAUUUUGGUCUUGCACGUUUUGUCAUUGAUGAUGAAUACACGGCUUCGGAGGGAACCAAGUUUCCCAUCAAGUGGGCCAGUCCCGAGGUCUACCUGUACGCACGCUUUAGCACCAAAUCGGAUGUUUGGUCAUAUGGUGUCUUGUUGUGGGAGAUCUGGUCCCUCGGCACAACGCCCUACCCGCAAUGGACCAACGCAGAAACCGUGGACCGAGUUGGGCGCGGCGAACGCAUGGGCAGGCCCUCUCUUGCCUCCGAGCUGAUCUACGAUAUCAUGUCCAUGUGCUGGCAUCAGGAUCCCGAGUCGCGCAUCUCCUUUAUCGAGAUUGUGGAAAAGCUAGAGGAAAAUGCAGACGGAUAUGAGUGACAGCCCUUGUAGUAUCCUAUUCGGCUUGAUACCCUGUAUGAGCUUGAUGUUGUCAGACAUUGCCCAUGCCGGGCUGCUCUGGCCCUGUGCCCUCGCAAUUUGUUAUAUUCGCGAAUGCUGACCCUCGAUCUUCCCGUAUACUCUGCCAUCCGCGCUGCCGAUCAUCGGCAGCGCGGAUGGCAGAGCGUGAUGCAACUGUGGAUGUUGUGCUGUCGUUUCUAAUGUCACCUUUCCUUGUCUCUUGCUACGCCCUUUUCCUCUUGACCACCUCGUGCGACUCGGGUGUUUGCUUCCGAGUCUGCUGUUCUUUGUUUGUUUGCAUGUGCGGGUUCGCCAACUCUUGUGCUGUCCUUCUUCAUUUGAAUUAUCGAUGGCUGAUGUGAUUGUGCACUGUUUUGUUUUUGAG